AAUCCAUAUUCGAUGAAUCACCGACGAAGACUCUAGAACGAUCAGAAUUGUGUGUAGCUAGCGGUGGUUAGUUACGGUGGCAGUUUCGUUUUUUGUUUCUAGUGCGAAACCGUUUUGGUGAUUUAUGUGAAGAUUCGACUGGAUCCAGAAUUUCGAGGUUGAUUAUUCGAUGGCGUAUAGAAGGAGACAGUAUGGGACUUCAAAGUCUUCUCCUGCGAUUUUCGAAGACGAAUCAUUUCGAAACCCUAAUCCAAUUUCACCUUCUUUUUCUUCGACUAAUGAAGGCGUUGACGUUUCUUCUUCGUCUUCGCUUGCUGCUAAAGCUAUCAGAGCUUCUUCCGCGCGUCGCGAUUCUUCUCUCUCUUCUCUUUAUGGUCACUCCAAUCUCUCCUCUCCUCGUUCUCAACCUACUCCUACUGCUCCUCCAUCCUCCAAGGAUCCAAGAGCAUAUGAAUAUACAUCUAUGAAAAGAUUGGAUGAAUCCAAAAAUGGAUUUUGGGGUGUUCUAGCCAGAAAAGCAAAAUCAAUUAUUGAGGAUGACAGUUUAAGCAAGCAAUCUGAAAUACCUGGGACAACAUGGUCACAAUUUCCUGGUGUAACAUCUAGGGGCAAGGUCCAAAAUUCGAAUCACAUAGAGGAGGGCAAUCUCAAAAGGGACAGUCCGACAAUUACAAAGGGAUUAAAUGCGAUCACGUCGUCUCUUACUCAUAUUGGUGGCACCAUUGGUAAAUCUUUGGAGGAAGGUUUUACAAUUGUUGAAAAUCGGACUUCAGAUAUCAUUCAGGAAACCCGUAAACACAUCAGGAAAAAGCCUGGAAACUUUAUAGGACAAAACCAGGAAACAAAUCAUUCUACUAAGUUGCAAGAACCCCAGUUGCGGACCCAGAUGUCGCCAAUGCAAACAGACCAAGACCUUCAGCUGAAAGCAUCUCGCGACGUUGCAAUGGCAAUGGCUGCCAAAGCAAAAUUGCUUCUUCGGGAGUUGAAGACUGUCAAGGCUGAUCUGGCGUUUGCAAAGGAUCGAUGUGCUCAACUAGAGGAAGAAAAUAAAACCCUCCGUGUAAAUCGCGAAAGGGGAGGUAGCCAAGACGAUGAUGAUUUGGUACGACUUCAACUUGAAACUCUUCUAGCUGAGAAAGCUCGCUUGGCCCAUGAGAACUCAGUUUAUGCCCGUGAGAAUCGCUUUCUGAGGGAGGUUGUUGAAUAUCAUCAGCUUACAAUGCAGGACGUUGUCUACUUAGAUGAGAACAACGAAGAAGUCUCUGAAGUUGAUCCUCUUAACCUAUCCCCAGUGUCUAUUAUGUCCCUAGAUUCCAUAACUCCGCCUGCAACAUCCCUAUCAUUGCCUUCAGAAGCCAACGUUGGUGUGGGUUCAGAGUUAACAAGAAGCAUUUCAUGUCCCACAUCUGGGAAGAAUGUAGAGAUUUCUGAGGUGAUUGUAAAGGAUUCAACGAGCUCUGAAGUAAGAAGUAUCUCUUCUAUCGCUGGAAAGGAUGCAAAAUGACAUGUAAAACUUCUACUACGUAUGUGACGGAAUGCACCGUUUUUGAUGCCUUUGUGAUCUGUUAUUUAUAUAUGUUGCUCGUUUUAUACAUCGUGGGUGACAAGCUUGAUGUAAUUUUGUACCUUAUAUUGUGUAACUUAAGUGUUUUUUUUUUUGGUUAUAGCACCUGCAUAUAUAUAACCUAAAUUGGUUAUUUUCUGUAUAGCAAGCAAUAUUUGCCAAAAGCCAAAAAAAUGAUUCUGU